GGCGGGGAGCGCGGGCGGAGCCCCCCGCCGGAGCCCCCCGCCGCCCCCGGCCCCGCCGCCCUCCCCCCCGCCGCCACCAUGGUGCAGAAAUCCCGCAACGGAGGCGUCUACCCGGGCCCCGCCGCGGAGAAGAAGCUCAAGGUGGGCUUCGUGGGGCUGGACCCGGGCGCCCCGGACUCCAGCCGGGACGGAGCGCUGCUCAUCGCCGGCUCCGAGAGCUCCAAGCGGGGCAGCAUCCUCAGCAAGCCCCGCUCCGGGGUCUCGGGCAGCGGGAAGCCCCCCAAAAGGAAUGCUUUUUACCGCAAGCUGCAGAAUUUCCUCUACAAUGUGCUGGAGAGACCGCGGGGAUGGGCUUUCAUUUACCACGCAUACGUUUUUCUACUAGUUUUCUCCUGCCUGGUGCUGUCUGUCUUUUCGACCAUUGAUGAGUACCAGAACAGCUCAGAAGGGGCCCUUUACAUCCUGGAAAUCGUCACCAUUGUGGUGUUUGGGGUGGAAUACUUUGUGAGGAUCUGGGCGGCCGGCUGCUGCUGCCGAUACCGGGGCUGGAGGGGAAGGUUAAAAUUUGCUCGCAAGCCUUUCUGCGUCAUCGACAUCAUGGUGCUGAUCGCAUCCAUCGCCGUGCUGGCAGCGGGGUCCCAAGGGAAUGUCUUUGCCACCUCAGCACUCAGGAGUUUGAGGUUCCUGCAGAUCCUGCGCAUGAUCCGCAUGGACCGGCGGGGCGGCACCUGGAAGCUCCUGGGCUCUGUGGUCUACGCACACAGCAAGGAGCUGAUUACUGCGUGGUAUAUUGGCUUCCUGUGCCUCAUUCUGGCCUCUUUCCUGGUAUACUUGGCCGAGAAAGGAGAAAAUGAGCACUUUGAUACAUACGCAGAUGCACUUUGGUGGGGUCUGAUCACUCUCACCACCAUCGGCUACGGGGACAAGUACCCGCAGACCUGGAACGGGCGGCUGCUGGCGGCGACCUUCACACUCAUCGGCGUCUCCUUCUUCGCCCUUCCUGCCGGCAUCUUGGGUUCGGGGUUUGCUCUGAAGGUUCAAGAGCAGCAUCGACAAAAACACUUUGAGAAGAGGCGAAACCCAGCAGCGGGCCUGAUCCAGGCGGCUUGGAGAUUUUAUGCCACCAACCUGUCCCGGACAGACCUGCACUCCACCUGGCAGUACUACGAGCGCACCGUCACCGUCCCCAUGUACAGCACGCAAACGCAAACGUAUGGUGCCUCCAGACUAAUCCCUCCUCUGAACCAGCUGGAGCUCCUGAGGAACCUGAAGAGCAAGUCGGGACUGACAUUCAGGAAAGAGCAGCAGCCCGAACCAUCGCCAAGUAAGAGCAAACCGUGCAGAGAGUCACUUUGCGGAUGCUGCUCAGGAAACUCUAGUCAGAAGGUCAGUUUGAAAGAUCGUGUCUUCUCCAGUCCCCGCGGUGCUGGCACCAAAGGGAAAGGCUCUCCACAGGCUCAGGGCAUGAGGAGGUCCCCCAGUGCUGACCAGAGCAUCGAGGACAGCCCAAGCAAAGUGCCCAAGAGCUGGAGCUUCGGAGACCGCAGCCGAGCCCGGCAAGCUUUCCGCAUCAAGGGAGCGGCGUCGCGGCAGAACUCGGAAGAAGCAAGCCUCCCUGGAGAAGACAUCCCCGAUGAGAACAAAAGCUGCAACUGCGAGUUUGUGACAGAAGAUUUGACACCAGGGCUGAAAGUCAGCAUCAGGGCAGUGUGCAUUAUGAGGUUUCUCGUCUCCAAGCGCAAGUUUAAGGAGAGCCUUCGGCCCUACGACGUGAUGGAUGUCAUCGAGCAGUACUCAGCUGGUCAUCUGGACAUGCUCUCCCGGAUUAAAAACCUUCAGGCCAGGAUAGAUAUGAUUGUGGGUCCCCCACCCCCUUCAACUCCCCGGCAUAAGAAGUAUCCAACCAAAGGACCCAUGUAUUCUUCCAAAGAAUCUCCCCAAUACUCGCCUAGAGUUGACCAGAUCGUUGGGAGAGGAUCCUCCAUGACUGACAAGGAUCGGACCAAAGGGCCAGCAGAGGGGGAGCUGCCUGAAGACCCCAGCAUGAUGGGCAGGCUUGGAAAAGUUGAAAAGCAGGUUCAGUCAAUGGAGAAGAAGCUGGACUUCCUGGUGAACAUUUACAUGCAGCGGAUGGGCAUCCCACCAACAGAGACGGAGGCUUAUUUUGGGUCCAAAGAACCAGACCCGGCACCUCCCUACCACAGCCCCGAAGACAGCAGGGAGCACAUUGACAAGAACGGCUGCAUCAUCAAGAUCAUCAGGUCCACCAGCUCCAUGGGUCAGAAGAACUUCUCCGCCCCACCAGCCCCAACCAACGCAUGCCCGCCCUCCACGUCGUGCCAGCGGCAAAGCCACGGCUCCUCUCCCGUCGGAGACCCCGGCUCGCUGGUCCGAAUCCCACCUCCGCCCUCCCACGAGCGCUCCCUGUACAGCGGUGGGCACAGGGCGAGCGCAGAGUACCUGAGGAACGAAGACAUUACAACCAAACACCAUGAGAGUGCCAUGAGAGACAGCGACACGUCCAUCUCCAUCCCCUCGGUAGACCACGAGGAACUGGAGCGCUCUUUCAGCGGCUUUAGCAUCUCCCAGUCCAAAGAGAAUUUGGACAUCCUUAACAACGGUUGCUAUGCAGCCGUGGCCAAAAUCAGACCCUACAUUGCAGAAGGGGAGUCAGACACCGAUUCUGACCUCUGCACGCCCUGUGGUCCCCCUCCCAGGUCGGCCACGGGCGAGGGACCCUUCAGUGACAUGGGCUGGUCAGCCCCCCGGCAGUGAAGCCUUCCUGCAGCCGCUGAGCCACGUCCAAGCGCUGGCAGCUGCCUGCUCCAGCUGUCCACAUGCUGAACUUCUCAAGGAGAUCGACAGCUAAGGUUUUCCUCCUCCUAGGACAUCCUUAGCUGGCAGAUACUUUCUUGCAGCUUACUCUGGGUGGGGGAACGAGCAGGUCCAAGCCUGCGGUUGUGGAAGAGGUCACGGUGGUGGGCCAACUGGAGCCGUGAAGUCCAGAUUUCUUUCAUACUCUCUUUCUAAGAUCAUUAGGUGAAAUUAUUUCAUGGCGCAGGGUAGGCAAUUUGCAUUUCUUGGGAAUCUUCAGAAGCACAGGGCAGGAAUAAAUCACCCAGCCAGGGCUUUUGUAGAUCACAGGAACUGGUGGCUGACAAGUGUUAGGUGGGAGUUGCUACGUCAUGGCACCCGUGAUUACACCUUUAGGUGUUUUGGUGUUUGGAAUUCACACAUUAUUUCCGGCUUAGAUUUCAGAUCACGUGUAAUUACAGGGGGUUGGUACUCUGUGGUUCCUCAUUAGCUGUCAGGAAGGUGGCAUAAUUCCAAUAUAAUAUAUGGAAAUGUUGCAUAGAGCCCCCGGAGGAGAGGGAUGGUGGCCAGGAUAUCUGCAUGAGCAAAAGACAUGGCCUUGGAGUGGGAUAGGUUAGGAUACUGCUCUGGACCAGAACAGUUUGGAAACUAUCCCAUCUUAGGAAACUGAAAAACUCAGAACUAUCAUCUUGAGUGCAAGAAGAGGGACAGGGGGCAGAGAAAAGAGACAGAAGGAGGACAAGAGACUACAGGGCUGGAAUUUUCUAUUUUAAACCAUGUAUUAUAUUUAAUUAUCCCUCCUCCUGCUGACAAGGGACCUGGGGGUGCUUUGAAAGCAAAGACAAACCAAAGGCAACCCCUCUGGAAGGCUGCCAUGGUGUGAAGCCAUUCUCAUGGCCAUUGUGGAGGCACAGCCACCAGACCAGAGGGGGAGGGUGGAUAUGCAGGAUUCUGUGGUCCCCGUGUUGCUGCGAGCUGCUGAGCUCCAUCCUGUGGAAGCCCUGUUGGUCAGAAUGGGCACUUUUCUUACAGUUUGCAUCGUGCCUGAACACUUUUGCACACACUAUGCCCGUGAAAAUCUUCCUUUCUUCUUCUGCCCUGCCAAAAAACUCACACCCAUGUUCUCGGGACAUCCUUUGGUUUGUUUGGAUCCCUCAAGCUGAGUUAAGAGGUUUUCUUCUUUGUCUUUCAGAAGCCUCUUACCCAUGCUUGCCUGUGAGUUGUGCCAAUCCAAGUCUGCCCCGUUUUAUUGUUGUUCGAGUACUUCCUUUUGGAAAGAUCGUUGUGUCAUUACCAGGAACCUCAGUGGUGCGUUCAGCUGGGGGAAGGCGAGGGGAAAAGCGAUGCUCAAAGUUUCUUUGGGGACCAAAACAAAGUCACGAAGUGAUCCUUUACGUGGAUAGAUUGGUGGGGUUUUUCUGGAAGGGGGUGGAUCAGGAGAGGUUGUGUUUGGGAUCCAUCUCCAGCACUGGGACGCCAUGGCUGGCAUUGUGCCUCUGAACCCUCCUGUGCUUUCACAGCCCAAAUCCCACACGUGUUUCCUGCUGGGGCUGGGGCUGUGAUUUCAAACCCUGUCUUGCCACAUUUUCCCUGUCAUAUCAAGAGCCUGUUAAGGACAUUUAGGUGAGAAUUUCAUUUCUGUGUGGCCUUUCAGAGGUUGAACAUCGGCUUGCUCGGGUCAAAGGGAGACUCACAGCCUGUUUCUCUCCACCUGUUUGCUUGACCAGGCACAGUAACCAGGAGAGACCCAGGAUGAUUUCAGCCUUAGGGAAGAUGUGGGUGCAGUCUGAAUGCUUGCAGACAGGAAAUAAAACUGUUCUUUUGCUAGUGCCCAGGACCAACACACAGGUCUUCACAUGAACUGAGGAAGGGGAAUAAAGGUUCUGUGCAAUUUUUCCUGCCAUUUUUCACCAUUCAGGAGGGGAAAACAUUUUUCUUAGGGGGACCCUGGGCUUCCAGCCAUGCUACUUUCUUUCUUUACCAUUUGAGCCAUAUUUUGGUUAACUUCUGCAAUUUUUCCCUCUCUGCUUGUGCUCCAGAACUCUUUUUGGCUCCAGAUUACUUUGUGCAGAGUGAAAGCAGCGAUGCCCUUGACUUCCACACGCAGGCAACUUUAAAUGCCAAAUGGCUGUAAAUUGUGCAGAUUUGCCUGUGGCAUGUUCCAAAAUGAGAUGCCUUCUGGUAGAGCAAGAAGUGUCAGCAAGUCCUAAAUCAGACUUGGUGGCCUGUGUUUUCUACUGCCCACAAGAAUAGAAAUUGCAUUAGGUGAGGCAAAAAUCAACAUUGCUCCAGCCAGCUGCUCACUGCAAAUUUUGUCCAAGUCAGAGAUAACAAAGAUUUAUUGUCUUAUUUGUUUGCAAUUACCUUUCAAGGCCUGCUGGAAAUUUGUCACAGAAGGGUAUGAUAUAAAGGCAAGAAUGCCAGAUGAGGCUGAGGAUGAUGUCAUGCAGUCCUGUUGCAGCACAGGUACACGACUGGUCUUUUUUCAUAGAGUCACAGAAUCAUAGAUUCAUAGAGCCAUAGAAUGGUUUGGGUUGGAAGGGACUUUAAAGCUGAUCUUCAGGGCCUGCAUGGGAAGAAUUAAGUUUACCCUCUUCAGCUUACUGGAGUCUAUAAAACACAUCUUUUAACGUGUAUCUUUAAAAGUUGUUGGAUUUGUUCCAUAA